AUAUCAGACUUUUUCAGUAUCAAGCGGACCACGAACGAAAUCGCAUCGAACGACUUGCUCUUAAAUCGAAAACAAGUGAAAUAAAAUACAUCUCAGCAAUGGAUUGCGGCGGCGUCUUUGUGAAAUAUGUGCUGUUCAUAUUCAACAUACUGUUUGUGAUAUGCGGCAUUUUGCUUAUCACCUUCGGCUCCAUCAUGGUGUCCACCAUAAAGGACUUCUCGGGCGUCGGCGAGACCUUCACGGCCAACAGCGUGGCCAUCAUCAUCCUGGUCCUUGGCUGCGUCGUCUUCCUGGUGGCCUUCAUGGGAUGCUGCGGCGCCAUUCGCGAGAAUGCCUGUGCUCUGACCUCGUACUCGGUGGUCAUGCUGGUGCUGCUGGUCAGUCAGCUGGCCCUCAUCAUCUACGUGUGGGUGGACCAUGUGCAGAUACAGCAAUCCCUGGAGAAGAUCGUCCAGACCAUCUGGGAUCAACGCAAGACCGAUGCCCUCCUCAUGGACACACUGCAGCGAUCGUUCAAGUGCUGCGGCUUGAACGGCUUCGCUGAUUACGGCAUUACGUAUCCCGCCUCCUGCUGCGACUCGCCCUCCAAUGGAACCUGCGCACUAACCCAAGUCAUGACGCGAUCCAGUUGCCUGAAGGCCGUCGAUUCCUUCUGGGACACCAACGUGAGCAUCAUCAAGUACGCUGGCCUGGGUGUGACUGCUGUCGAGCUUGUGGCCUUCAUUUUCGCCUGCUGCCUGGCCAAUCAGACCCGCAACUCUCAGAGACGCCAGAACUACUAAACGAUGAAGCGCCAUUAGUAGUGUAGUAUUAGGAUUAUCUCCCGACCCAUUUUAACGUCAUAAAGUCAAUAUGAAUAAAUAAAACAAAGUGCUUCGCAUGCUUACUCUAUAUAA